UCCCUGGAGGCCGGUUCUGUGCUUGUUGGUGCUCCGGCCGCUACACCAGGGUUCGCGGGUGUCUGUGAGUGUUCCCCCUCAACCCAGCGCGGACGCCCCUGCUCCCUCCGGAGGCCGAGGCUCAGGCUGGUGCCGAGGUCCGGGAGCCCGGCGGUGCGAAGGGAGCCAGACAUCAAUGCCCGCCCGCAGGUGUCCCCGCGCCCGGCCAUGGUGGACGUGCUGGGCGGGCGGCUCCUGGUGACCUGCGACGGCGCGUGGGUGGAGGCCGAGGCGGCGCUGCAGAACAAGGUGGUGGCGCUCUACUUCGCCGCGGGCCGGUGCGCGCCCAGCCGAGACUUCACGCCGCUGCUCUGCGACUUCUACGAGGAGCUCGUGGACGAGGCGCGGCCGCCCGCGCCCUUCGCGGUGGUCUUCGUGUCCGCCGACGGCAGCGCGCAGGAAAUGCUGGAGUUCAUGCAGGAGCUGCACGGCGCCUGGCUGGCGCUGCCCUUCCACGACCCCUACCGGCACGAGCUGAGGACCAGGUACCACAUCACGGCCAUCCCCAGGCUUGUGAUCCUGAAGCCCAGCGGGGAGGUCAUCACCGACAAAGGGCGGAAGCAGAUCCGGGAGCGGGGGCUGGCCUGCUUCCAGAACUGGGUGGAGGCUGCCGACAUCUUCCAGAAUUUCUCCGGUUGAGCUGGGGGCCAGUCUCCGGGGGGCCCGCACCGGUGUGCAGUCACUCCUGUUGCUGCAGCUUCCACCCGGCAGAGAAGAAGAGCAUGCUGUCUCUCUAUGUUGGUGGUUUCUUUCAGAGCAGAAGC